GCGGAGCGGGAGCCAUGUCAGGCCGGGGGAAGCAGGGGGGGAAAGCCCGCGCUAAGGCGAAGUCCCGAUCAUCCCGCGCCGGCCUCCAGUUCCCCGUGGGCCGCGUUCACCGCCUUCUCCGCAAAGGCAACUACGCGGAGCGAGUGGGUGCGGGAGCCCCCGUCUACCUGGCCGCUGUUAUGGAGUAUUUAACGGCUGAGAUCUUGGAGCUGGCCGGGAAUGCCGCCCGCGACAACAAGAAGACACGGAUAAUCCCCCGGCAUCUCCAGCUCGCCGUUCGUAACGACGAGGAGCUCAACAAGCUGCUGGGCGGCGUCACCAUCGCGCAAGGGGGGGUCCUGCCUAAUAUCCAGGCGGUGCUAUUGCCCAAGAAGACCGAGAGCCACAAGGUCAAGGCCAAGUGAGGUGGUGGGUUCUCUCAAGAGAACCUCCAGGUUUUGGUCGCCUUGAGGUGUUUAUUUCCCGUUAUUAAACCCAAAGGCUCUUUUCAGAGCCACCAA